AGUAUUGCAGUGAAUGAUUUCGUGUGUUUCUUCAACUUCUUGUGUGUUUAGUAUUUCGACGUUUAGAGAUUCGACAGAUCCUAAUAUAUUAAAAAAGGCUUGCCCAUGGUAUAGUGGUUAGAGUUUUUAUCUUCCAAUCAGAAGGUUGCAGAUUUCAUAUCCGCUUCGGGUGGCCUGAUAUCAAGCAGUAAUAUAUCACAUAGAGAAAUGCCGAACGUUGGGUUGCCUCCUAAAUAGUUAUAAGUGCCUGUGCUUAACAUUACGGCACAACGUCUCGCAACGAUCCCAAGGAACAGAAGUUUCGAAGGAUUCCGCCACUACAAAAUAUUCGAGAGCCAAAUCCUGUUCUAGUGAGCGCUUUCUUGACAUUUCUGAGGGACAAAAUUUCAUAAGUUUAAUAGUGAUAACUUGAGAAGAUGUCUUCUAAAGCUGUGAAAACUAAUGUGACUGAUAAUGAGAACGCUUGUGUCGUCUGUUUUAAGACCGUCCAGAUAUAUUCAGUGGGCGAUUGCGAUCACCCCGUUUGCUAUGAAUGCUCCACGAGAAUGAGGGUGCUCUGCAAGCAAAAUGAAUGCCCCAUUUGUCGGCAGGACAUGACUAAGGUAAUAUUUACCAGAAAUGUCCUGCCCUUCAAAAGUCUACAGAAUUCAACAAAUUUAUUUGAUAGGAAGUAUCGCAUCGCUUUUAUGGAAAGUGACAUACAGGCAUCUUAUAAUGAGCUAUUGGAACACAAUUGUUUCAAAUGUAAAAAAGAAAAUAAGGUAGCUAACUUUCGGACAUUUGCACUGUUAAAAGAUCACAUGAGACGUGAGCAUGAACUGCACUACUGUGACCUCUGUGUAGAAAAUUUGAAAAUCUUUUCUUAUGAACGUAGAAGUUACACAAGAUCAGAAUUAGCACAGCAUCGUAGAAAAGGGGACUCAGAUGAUAAGUCACAUAAGGGUCAUCCACUAUGUGAGUUUUGUGACCAACGGUACAUGGAUUCAGAUGAACUCUUUCGGCACUUACGGCGUGAUCAUUUAUAUUGCCAUUUCUGCGAUGCUGAUGGAUUUCACCACUAUUACAGCUCUUACGAAUUUCUCAGGGAGCAUUUUAGAAAUGAGCACUAUCUAUGUGAAGAAGGCGAUUGUUCUGAUAUAGAAUUCACAUCAGUAUUUAGGACAGAGAUUGAUCUUAAAGCUCAUAGGGCAUCUGCUCACAUUCGUACAAUGGGUAAAGUGGCUGCAAAGCAAGCUAGAACUUUAGAGUUAGAGUUUACAUUAGCGCCUAGGAGUAGAAUGGAAAAUAAUGCCAGAACUCCACAACGGAAGUUCCAGAACGGUAGAAGUAGUGCACAAGAUGACAGAAGUGAAGGAGCCACCGGUUACGACAGCGGUCAAAAUGAUCCUGGACCAAGUACAGAUUAUGCUGAACAUAUCAAUAACUCUGUGAAACUAAGAGUAGAUCCCUUAAAUUCGGAGGAUUUUCCAUCUUUGAUUUCUGGAAAUGGGACUAGUUCUUUAAAUAGGCAUAAUGUUCCAACACGAAAUGUGAGAUCUAGUUCAGGAGCACAAGCUCGUUCUAAAGAAGAUUUUCCUGCCUUGGGUCCGCCUAGCUCUAGUUCUGAACCUGUAUCAAAUUCAGCACAAUUCCGUUUAAGUGUUCAAGGAGGUCCAUCCAGUGCUAUCAUACGUAAUAGCAACAAUAAACCAAACGUGUCGAUACAUGUGAGUAACAGAAGUAAUGGCGCAGUAACAAUACCCAACAAGGUUAAAAGUGCUUCUAGAGAAGAUGACUUUCCUCAGUUGCAACCAGUCAAUUAUAAAAUGCUAGGUGUGUCUCAGAAACAUAGGUCGUUGGUUUCUGACAGUUAUAAUUCAGUUAGUAGUUCCGUUGCACCCUCUAAGGUUUCAUUAGUAAAAAAGGAGCAACAACAGCGUUUGUCACAAGAUGAUUCCACAAAAAAAGUGUCAAUUAAUAGUGUGGGAGACUUCCCAUCUUUAGGAAAUAACUAUUCAGAACCACAGCAGUCGAAUCCUCAGUGGUUAUCAAAUAAGCCAAAAAAGCAAUCAAAGGUUGCCCCUGCUCCAGUGUUACCAAAGUCGCAAUGUCUCACUGAUGCUUCUGCUUUCCCAACAUUGAGCAGAUCUGAUCAAAAGAGUCAAGGCAAUUAUAUGAGCUCGAGCCAAAGUAGUACAAAUGAAUUAAAAAACUCAAAAAAUAAGAAGAAAAAGGCCAUGCCAAAUGAUUCAAGUCGAAAAGAAAACAUUGACAGAAGUAAAAGUGAGGCACCUGCUUAUGAAACUGUGAAAUCCAAAAAAGACAAAAAGAAAGAGACUAAGAGAUCAGAAUUAACGAUUGAUUCCAUUAAUUCAAAUCAAAAUAUUGCCAAUAACUUUAGAAAUAAUUCUGACUCAAUUAGUAGAAGUACAGAUAGUAUUUCUGCUCCACCAGGGUUUAAAGCUGCGCAAGGCCCUUCUCUCGCUAGUCGAAUUAAUCCACCUCCAGGAUUUAGUUCUCAGGAAGCAAAUAAUUUAACCUUCAUUAGCUCGAGUGGCCAAGCAUACAAUAUUCUCCCUGGCAGUUAUACUUAUGCACAACCAAAGGGUUUCUCACAUCGAAACAAAAUUUUAGUGGAACGCUUUCAAGACACCCUCUGCUCAUCACUUGCAAUGGCAGACUUUCUUGAAGUAUCCAAAUUAUUUAGGGAAGGAAUUUUAUCAGCGCAAUCAUUUUAUGAUCAUUGCAUUAAAGCUUUGGGCAAGGAUUUUGAUGAAAUCUUUCCAGAGUUGCUUGCUUUACUGCCCGAUAUCUGCAAGCAACAGGAAUUAUACUAUAUUUUUAUCCAAAGUGAAAAAUCAAAUGACAAGAUUGAGAUGUGUGCCACAUGUCAUCAAGUACUUUUGCGUGCCGAUUUAAAGCAUCAUGUGUUGACCCACUCAUUUGAAAAUCACUUUCCGGUUUUAGGAAAUGAAGUGCCUCUUUCAAACGUGUGGAAAAAAUAAUGUCCCAGUGAACUAAUUAACUAAUUACCAAUUUUUCUGUUAACAUGCAUAUACAUAUAUGCAUGGUAUUUAUAUGCACAUGUGCAUAUGAAAAUCCCUUUUUGUUAUUCCUAAAGAUAUUUUAUGUAAUUUUAUAAAAGAAUAAAUGUAAAACAAAUUAUGUAUUACAAA